UGAUAAGCUUUUUUUCUCCCCUGCAGUCAGUCUAAAGCAGAGAAGAGUUUUUGAUGUUCAUUGAUUUUUGCUCCAAGAAAUUACUUUUCCCUGCUUCAGUGCUCUGUGGAGGUACAAGAAGGAAAGCUUUUAAAAAUGUGUGACAGGAGAAAAUUGCUUGUUGCUGCAAUCGUUUUCACAGCUCUCAGCUACAAAGUAACAAGUGAAAAGCUGGACAUGGCCCCAGAUGCUGUAGACGACCAGUUCGAUGGAUGCCGUAAAGAGGCCUUGAAGAAGUUUAUCCAUUCAGGCCUGUUAAAACAAGAGCUAAACAGCAGCAAGGGAUUCCAACAAGCAUGGAAAGUAAAUCCCAAGUGUUCAAAGGUGAUCCCUGGAGGAACAGAAAACCAUACUACUGCUCUUUUGGCGUACGCUAGUGGGGAGGAGUUUUCAAAAACCUUUGACGAUGCAGUAGAGACGCAGGGUGCAAACGUUAGCACCUACGAAGACCACUUUGAUUUCAAGGCCCUCCACUUCCUGCUCAUGGAUUCAAUGUUACUGCUGAAACCGAAGAAAAAGGAGUGCAAGACUGUGCAUCUGCUCAAAGAAGAAACACAGUACACAGUACAAAACGGCUCAACGGUGAGAUUUGGAAGAUUCACCAAAGCCCAGUUGAGCUACAGUGAGCUAAAGCGAUUUCACGAUUUUAAUGAACAAGUUGUUUUUAAUAUCACUUCUUGCUUCUUUGUGAACCUGGGAGACAUUUGCAGUGAAUACCAGGGUACGGCACUCUUAUCUCCAGCUGAAGUGUUCACUGUGGUUGAAGAAAAAACAGUAGAAGAUGACGUAAAUGAGUCUGCCUAUACUGUGAUCGUGUUGAACCACCUACAAGUGAAUAGCACACACAACUGUUACAGCUUUUCACGGUCCCCAGCUGGUGUUUCCAUGCAGUGGCUUGCGUUGAUGUUGAUGUCUUGUGCCUCUGUCUCUUUUUUUCUUUAGCUAUUGACAACAACUGAAAAACAAUUAGCUCCUCAGAAUGCACUGAGAUUUAAUAAAACCCUAAAUACUGCUUUGUGUGUACAGUUAAACAAUAUACUGUCUGUUUUGCUGUGAUGUUGCCAAAUAAGAUGCAACAAGCUUUUUUAGUCAGCUGGAAAAAAAAAAAAUCGUGUUUUUUAAAUAUCUUGUUUUUUAAUUACUUCUUCCAUAUUUUCUUUACACAUAUCAGCAGAAAUAUAUACAGAUUUUUUAUAUGUUUAUCAGUGUAUGUGAGGUAACAAGAUGGCAGGAAAUGUGGAGGGGGGUGGGCAACAUGCAAAAAGGUCCCCAGCCACAUCACAGGUCAUGGUUGACAGUGUAACCCCGAGGUCACCAGGAUGCUGCAGUAUAACACAUCUUCAGCUUUUAAAUCAACUUUUAGAUGCAUGAGCUGAGCUUUACAUUAAAAAAUUAACUGAUUGAACUGCUCUUGUCUUGCCUCAUCAUUUUUAUACCUGUGUUUCAGGGUUGAGCACCUAUUCAUGUGAGAACAACAGCAGUUUGCAGUGGUGAAUACAGUAUGGUGAUCAUUUUACAAAACAUACUUUUCAGUCAAACAUUAGCUUGAAAA